GUCGUUAGUGUCGUUACUGUCGUUCCGUUGUUUUGUUUUGUUUGUUGUGUUUAUGUCUUGUUAAUGUUGUUUUGAUUUUCAUUUUUCUUUUAAGCAUUAGAAAAAGAAAAAUGGAAGUUGAACAAAUUGAUUUGUCUGCAUUGCAAAUCAAAGACCAGAAACCUCAAAGUGAAGAAACGCGACUGGCCUUGCUUGAGAGCUGCAAUGGUAAUGGGGAGACUUCUGUAAUUCGAAGAUCUGGCAGGAUGAAAAUUAUGCCAUUAGAAGAAGCUUCAAAAACUAGACCUGUAAUUAAAAAAUCAAAAAAGUUAGAGUUGAACAGCCAAAGCAGUCAGAAAACAGUGGAAAAAUACUAUUUGAGCCAAAAAAUUAAGUUAACCUCUACAACAUUGGAAACUAUAUUUGAAGAGCCUGAACAGAACUCGGUCUUCAGUACGCGAAAAAUGAGGCGCUCCAUUAAUUUUGCCAAAACCACUUUCCCAAAAGCAGACAAAAGUAAGGUCAAGAAACGAAGUAUGAAAGCCAAAAAGAUAUUGAAGGGUGGAUUUAAGAAACUCAACAAAAAACUGGGUUUGGAAAUGCUUAUGAAAAAACUCAAGGAAUUAGAUAGUGAUGAUGAUUGAAAAUGUUAUCGUUUUUAAUUUAUGUUCUACAUACAUUACAUAAUAGAGAAUUGUUAAGUUAUUGUUUUUUACAAUAGAAAGUAAGUAUGUAGUAUUAUAAAAUCUAGCUAAGGUUUCUAUUGAAAUAUUUUGUAGUAUAGUUUCCUGAUUUUUGAAAGUAAAAAAAAUAUAGGACAUAUCUUAAAAAAAUGUUGACAUCUUCGGAAAUCAGUUCAUGACUUAUAAAAAAAAAAUGCUUUUCACUUAUUAUUGGCGGAGUGGCGUGCCAUGGAAAUUUGACAGGUUGACCCUCGUAUAAUAAUGACAUUUGAUGACAAAAUAUUUUUCAAAUGUCAGGGUUAUGAAACAGAAAGCCGAGUUGCCAGAAUGUGUAAAAUAUCUGAGUAAAUUCAAAUAGUAAAAUUAUUUAAUUGGAAGAGUUGUGGCGAGCUUUUAUCAAACAAUGUUCUGAGAUUUUUCCGUCACGAUAUUCUUCUUUUUCCUGGUCCUCUCUAUCCAAAUAUCUUCCCUUGCAGGAUCGUAUUGUAACAAAACCUUAUCUUUUUGAAAGGGUUGUGAGGCAUGGGAGGGUGGGUAAGAUCUCGACAAUUUUUACAUAAGGCCAUUUUUUGAGAAAGUGGUAAUAUACUUAACACGUUCGCGACGUCAUGCGCCACCGGUGGCACAUGACGGCUGAUCCCAGCAACCGUCAUGUACCACAUGUGGUACACCAUGCCCUGCAAAUCUAAUGCUAUUUAAAAACGCGACGGCUGCAUAGAAAGCUUAGAAAACAAGUUACGGCUGUACGUAAAGGUGGUACAUGACCCGUGGUACAUGCGGUUCUAAAUCGGACAUUUCUUACAUUGAUUUCUAUGAUUUUGGUCUAUCUACCAAAAUAACACCUAUUACCAAAAUUUUGGUAAUAGUUUUAAUAUUUUUUUUUAUUCAGGCAACACCCAGUAUAUAGUUUUACAUUACUUAAUUAAAUUCUAACUGAUAAAAACUUAUGAUAACAUGCCUUUUACAUGGUGGACACCAGUGGUACACCACGUCCCUGAGAAACAAAUAUUAGUCACAGCCGUCAUGUACCACCGGUGGUACAUUUUGAAAAAUAACAAAAAAUUGCAAAAAAACUCAAAACAAGUAUAUAACACUUGAUUGAACACAAAUACACUAUAUUCAUAUGUUGGACAAAAAUAAAAUAAAAUACGGCUGUGCAUUAAGACACCCGAAAUCGGCUACGUCGCGAACGUGUUAAGCCUACAUUUUCAGUUAGAUAACCUCAACUAUAGGUUACUAAAAUGAUGUAUUAGAGAACCAAUUCUGUAAAGCGUUUUCUUUAGAAAUAAUCUUGUAUGUUGCCUUGCUUGAGUCCAAUACCUCUCCAUCAGAAAGGAGACAUUGGAGCAAAAUAGGGGAGAUUUUGGACAUGAGCAAAAACAUGGUGCAUUUAAUAAAAAUUGUUUAUUUCAAGGUAAAGAUAAAAUAUUAUAUUUCGCCAAGUAAUUAUUUUGAAAAAUAACUAGAACAGAUAAAAGAUAUAAAUUCCUACAUUCUAAUUAAAUUGAAUGGAAUUCUUGAAAAUUUAAAGAAUAGAAAAAAAUAAAAACACGAAUAAAAAAAUCAUCACCGCAAACCAAAUUACGUCAAAUCUAAAUUGAAAUAAAUCAUGUCUCUAAAUCUCUUUCUUCUAUCAUUGAUGGGAGCUGGAACUGAAGAAGUGAUGUCGUAAAAAGGAACCAAAGCUUAAUCAUCUUUAAGAACUGUGAAUCUAUUUGAUACGUGACGUUCUAAGAAGUUCACUUCAUAUCAAUCAACUCUUCCUAUAAUUUUCGCUGCAUAAUUUCUGACACUACUUUUACCGUAAACUUUGUCGUUAUAGAACAUGUUUCUGGAAGUUCUUUUUAAUCAAAAUUUUUCUCGUCGUUGAUGAAAAUUAAUCAAUCUUCUGAUAAAUUAUCUUUACAUUCAAUUCGAUCCUCCUCCAUAGUCCAUAUCCCUAAUCACUGUCUUCGGGAGUGUCAGUGGCAAUCAUGCAUCUACCAUCUAUUGCGCAGGAUAGUUUUUUGAUGUUGAUGGUUAUAGCUCUAGGUUGCCUUUUUGAUGUGGAUAGUUAGUUGCGGCUCUGGAUAUGAAUAAUUAUUAUAGAUGGUGGGAGCCGGUUGAUCCAUUACGUGAGAGGAGGAAAAGUCUUCUUUGAAGAUGUUUUGAUAAAAUGGCAUUAUUUCAGUGCAUCUGGAACCUGAUUUUUUUGUUUGUUGGUGCAGCGGUUCUAACACAAGCUUGUUAACAUAUCACAAGCAAAUCCCAGAGCACCACAUCCCGAAACACCUUGCAUCAUUCUCUUGGCGUCAUAGCGUAUGCGGGGAAACGGAAAUGCUCAAAUUGGCGACAACGCUGUUCCGCUGGAAGAGAUUAUUCCUACUUGCGUAAUCAAUUCACCUCUUUCACGAGAAGUGGCUUCUUUCCAAACAUUUCAGGAACUCGUACCGUCGUUACACCAAUCUACAAAAAAGAAUUUAAAAUAACAUGAGUGGUUCAAAAAAGAUUAAAUUUUACCUCAUCUAAAUUAUAAAUUUGCAUGAGUUCUAGAAUUCGUUUGAGCAUAUAGCAUAUUCAUAAACUAAUCGCCUUGUUGCGUUUGGCUUCAGACCGUAAAAUAUAGAGGAACACUUCAGUGGAUAUUUCUCUUAAGCGUUUUUCAUCUGCAUAGAAAAUACUUAUGACGUUAUAAAAUUUGGUGUAACAUAACAUUUUCGAGACCUUUUUCUUGGACUUGCCUGACAUAGUUCAACCCGGUUACCAACACUGGAUUUCUUUACUCCAUUUUUUCCAUAAUUUCCAUUCGGUCCAUAAUAGUUUCUGUCUUUUUCGGUCGGCCUAAAGGUUUUUUGUUUGUAUAUUGUCCAGUCAAAAUUCUUUGAAUAGUCCUGGUUCCCACCUAAAAUUUAAGGAAAAUGUUGGUUGGGUAAGAAAUGGCUUCACAUCUACAUUUAAGUUAUACCUACCUCAAAUAUAUCUGCAAGUUGGGCUUCAGUUGUUCCCUGGAGAGCCUCUGGUUUACUUUUUUUAAAAAUAAUCAUGACAUUUUAAUGUUUCCCUUUUUUUUUCUUAUGAAAUUAUUUUCGGCAUCUUCAAUACGAAAGAAAUUUGACAAUGCCGAAUUUUAAAAAAUGUCAUUAGAUUUUGCAGGUAUGCAAAAUAGUUGGGUACCGUUUAUAAUAUAGCAUUAUUGAAAAAUGCAUUGAAAAAUGUGUCAAAUUUGAUUUGCCAGAUAGGCCAGAAAAUUUUAAUACCGCGGCACUUACGAAAUUAUGUAAAUCACACUGAAAACUGUCUGGAAUUUGACAUAUACUGUCAUUAUUAUACGAGGGUCAACCUGCCAAAUUUCCAUGGCACGCCACUACGCCAAUAAUAAGUGAAAAAGGUAUAGGUGUACACUACGUGUACGCUAGCACAAAGUAUAAGAUUUGAUAGGUUUAUUUAUUGAAAAGUUGCAUUACUUCAAAAAGGCAUAGAGCAAGUUUAUGCUUAGUAGAUUGUUACUGGAAUCAGUCUAUAAAGCUCGAAAAAAACCCUCUCUAUGACCUCCAAGAGUGCAUCCCAAGUAUUUCCCCAGUAGAGCGCCACGAUGUCACAAAAACUAAUGAGCUUGGCCAGAUAGAAACAAAAACGAAAACCUCUCUAAUCCUAGUAACUUUAGUAUAGAUAGGAGCAAAACCAGAUAUGAUAAACAACUUUAUCCAAAUCUAUUCUGCCUAAUGACUCUAAAGUGUUUGAGAGGGUUAUUUAUUCGAGAGUGUUGAAUCAUCUGGUUAGACAUAACAUAUUGAGCAAGCAACAAUUUCGAUUUAUUCCUAAAAUGUCCACUGAUAUGGCACUUUUCCAUGCAAUAAUAGUUAUUUAUGUAUCAAGGGUACUAAGUAGAUGAUUAUGCCCUGAGGGCGACAGUCUUACAAAGCCGAGGGCCUCUGGCCCGAGGGUUCGUAAGUCGCCCGAGGGUAUAUAUCUAUUAUUACCCAUGGUGCAUACAAACUUUUAUGUCAUGCCAGUUGGUUGUGAAUAAUAAAUACCUGGGAAAAAAGUGUCACUUCGCAAAUUGUCACCAGUGUGCAAACAUCAUCAUUUUUUGACAAAAAUAAUAUGUUUAUAAGUGUAAAUUUAUAUUUUGUUAAUAAAGAAUAAGGUAAUUGAAAAUUGUUUUUUGCGUCGCGGGCCAUAAUGUGUGACCGUGCGGGCAUAAAGUAAUGAAUUAUGUAGAUGGUAUCUAAGGUAUAAAAACACAGUAAUGUAUUGGUAUGACAUAAUAGUUAUUUAUGUAUCAAGGGUACUAAGUAGAUGAUUAUGCCCUGAGGGCGACAGUCUUACAAAGCCGAGGGCCUCUGGCCCGAGGGUUCGUAAGUCGCCCGAGGGUAUAUUUAUCUAUUAGUACCCGUGGUGCAUACAAACUUUUAUGUCAUACCAGUUGGUUGUGAAUAAUAAAUACCUGUAAAAAAAGUGUCACUUCGCAAAUUGUCAUCAGUGUGCAAACAUCAUCAUUUUUUGACAAAAAUAAUAUGUUUAUAAGCGUAAAUUUAUAUUUUGUUAAUAAAGAAUAAGUUAAUUGAAAACUGUUUUUUUGCGCCUUUAUGCCCGCGCGGGCCAUAAUGUGUACCUACUUUAUGCCCGCACGGGCAUAAAGUAAUGCAUUAUGUAGAUGGUAUCUAAGGUAUAAAAACACAAUAAUGUAUUGGUAUGACAUAAUAGUUAUUUAUGUAUCAAGGGUACUAAAUAGAGGAUUAUGCCCUGAGGGCGACAGUCUUAUAAAGCCGAGGGCCUCUGGCCCGAGGGUUCGUAAGUCGCCCGAGGGUAUAUAUCUAUUAGUACCCGUGGUGCAUACAAACUUUUAUGUCAUACCAGUUGGUUUUGAAUAAUAAAUAUAUAUUUUUGUAAAUAAAGAAUAAGUUAAUCGAAAACUGUUUUUUGCGUCUUAUUGCCGGGCGGGCCAUAAUGUGCACUUUAUGCCCGCACGGGCAUAAAGUAAUGAAUUACGUAGAUGGUAUCUAAGGUAUAAAAACACAAUAAUGUACUGGUAUGACAUAAUAGUAUAUUAUAUACCUAGGUAGAGAAGUUGGUCAUUAUAUACCGAGCGCUUUUAUAAUGUGUAAGGUAUAUAAUGACUUUCUCUACCGAGGAAUAUAUAGAAUUUUUUUUACCACUAGUAG